AUGAAAGACUUAGGGGAGCUCAAAUACUUUCGGGGAAUUGAAUUUGCAAGAUCCACAACAGGAAUACUCAUGCAUCAGAGGAAGUACACUCUUGAUAUGAUAGCAGAAGUAGGAAUAACUACAGUUAAGCCAGCAGCAACACCAAUGGAUGCCAACAUUAAGCUCACAUCAAAGCUCUAUGAUGACCAUGUGAACUCAAAGCAAGAAGAGCUACAUGAUCCUCUAAUAGAUCAGGCAGCCUAUCAAAAACUCAUAGGUAAACUUCUGUAUCUCAACAUGACAAGGCCAGAUAUAGCCUUCAGUACUCAGAUAUUAAACUGGGCAGCAUGCGCACUCACCAGGAAAUUAGUCACAGGAUACUUGAUCAAGAUGGGAAAAUCACUAAUAUCUUGGAAAGCCAAGAAACAAACUACAGUGUCUAGAAGUUCAGUUGAAGCUUAA